AUGGAUGUCCAUCGCAUCGGGUUCACUGACAUAUCCUCCGUUGCUCGCAACACAGUUGACUCCCCAGGCGAUGCGAAAGCCAAAUGCAAUGUCAUUUUUAUCCACGGACUAAAAGGACACCCGAGAAAGACCUGGGGUCCUCCAAAGCUAAAGCCUGCCAUUACGCCAAAGUCACAGUCCAAAUGGAAGAAUGUACGAUCCUUCAUCCGAGCGACGUCUGCCGUCUCAUCGGCUACGGAUGUCACGCAACAGAAGAUUGAAACUGAUAAUUCCUCCGUCACCGAUACUACGGCUUCCGGACGCUCCUCAGCUUCUCCAACGUCUCCUUCCAUAUUUUCCUCCACGUCAUCUAUGUCUUUCUCCUCUACCACAACUGCUGACUCGGUAUCAUCGCAUGCGGCUACGCCUGCGGAGGCCAAGAUUUUUUGGCCAGCAGAUCUCCUCGCACAGGACCUUCCCGAAGCGCGAAUUUGGACUUAUGGAUAUAAUGCUGAUGUUCUUGCCGGCAUGUUUCAGAUGAAUAACAAGAAUAGCAUAUCACAGCAUGGACGAGACCUGGCCGCGAGGCUCGAAAGAGAUGUUGAUAAUGAUCUUCCAAUCAUCUUUGUGGCCCAUAGUUUGGGUGGCAUUGUCGUCAAAGAUGCUCUGCAUCGAUCCGAGGCUUGCCAGAACCGCACAAAAUACAUUGUUUUCCUUGGCACACCUCACCGUGGAAGUGCAUGUGCCGGCUGGGGAGAAAUCGCGUCCAACCUAGCUCGUCUCGCAGGUCAAGAUCCUAACAGCAAAUCGCUCAAGGCAUUAGACGUCAAUAGUGAAGUUCUAGACAACAUCCAUGAAGAGUUCAAGAACAUAGUCCAUACCCAGGGAAUCAAGAUACACACAUUUCAGGAGGCUAGGGGCAUGCCUGUAAUGAAAGGUGUCGACCACAAGGUUGUGGAUGAUGUGUCUUCUAAGGCUGACCUCCCACGAUCAAUUGAAACUGUGGAGAGCAUAGACGCUGAUCAUAUGCAAAUGGUCAAAUGCGGGACUAAAUCUGACGACUCAUAUCGUGCGGUUUAUGGCGUGAUAAGGCAGUUCAUUCUAAGUCUACCAGAGGAGCAAGCGUCGUCACUGCAAUCACAGGCAGCGACACAGCCGAUACCUGAUAGCCUCGACAAUGGAUCACCUAGCCAGCCCAUCGUUGAAGGCCCCUCUGAAAUACCUAGAUCUUCGGCGUCAGGACCUAAUGAGGUUGAUAGAGGGCGCCAAAAGUUCCUUGUUCCCUAUAACAAAAACCCCGAUUUCAUCGAACGCACCAAUGUCAUGAUGAAAUUACGAGAGCAAUUCGGACAUGGUGCUUCUACGGCAACAGGACAGUCUCGCCAACGAGUGGCACUUCACGGACUUGGCGGCGUUGGAAAAACACAGAUUGCUCUGUCAUAUGUUUACUGGCUUCAUGGGUAUCGUCCCGACAUGUCGGUAUUCUGGGUCCAUGCAAGCAGUAUUGAUCGAUUCCGCCAUGCAUACACCAACAUUGCCAAAGAGUGCAACAUUACCAAGAGUGAUAAUUCCAACACAGACCCUCUUGAGAUGGUCAAGGCUUAUCUAGAGAGCCAAGAGAGCGCACCCUGGAUGCUUGUAAUCGACAAUGCAGACGAUGCGGAACUGUUCUUCCAGUCAUCGCUUUCCAUCCAAGCCUCAGUGGGCAGCAGUGACGAAGCCAGGGAAGAGCCCUUACUUGGACCGUAUAUUCCAACAUGCUCUCAUGGUUCAGUAUUGAUAACAACACGAAAUAAGGCUGCAGGAGUAAAAUUGGCACCAGGGAAACCACCGAUCGAAAUUGAGAAAAUGGAUGAAGACGAAGCCGGGCAGCUCAUACAGACAAUUCUUCUGGACAGUGAAAUACCCCCCGAAGAAUCCACUGCAUUGGCAUCAAAGCUUGAGUUCUUGCCUAUCUGUAUAGCACAAGCCGCUGCGUUCAUUCUCGAAAACUCCAUCACGAUUGGGGAUUACAUGGAGCUACUGGAUGACAACGACCAGACCCUGGUGGAUCGACUGAGCGAGCCAUUUGAAACUAUGGGACGGGACUCGGAAAUGCCUCACGCGGUAGCGGCGACAUGGAUGGUUUCUUUCAAUCAAAUUCGGCGACAGUGCGUUCUUGCAAGCGACUUCCUUUCCUUCAUCUGCCUGUUUAGCCGCCAGGCGAUACCAAAGGAUUUUGUGCUCGAGUAUUAUGACGAGACACGGGGAAAGAUAGGAGCAGCGGAAAAGGUCGAAAUUGCCAAGGCCUUUGGGGUGUUGAAGGCAUUUUCCUUCAUCUCAGAAGCGAAGGAUAAGACUGUGAGCAUUCACAGACUUGUCCAGCUUGUCACGCGGAAGUGGCUCCUGAAUGAAGAUAAGCUGAGUGAUUUCGCGGGGCUGGCGGUAUACAUUUUGUCCAUCUAUUACCCACAUGCAGAUCAUGACACGAUGCGCACAUGCAUCAACUACAUGCCUCAUGUGCAGGCGGUCCUGCAAUUCUGUGAUCCUAACUCGGACGAUGACGAGCGAGACAAAGCCCGGAUACUACACAACGUUGGAACUUACUUUGUUCUCACUGGGCAGCACGAGCUCUGCCUGGAGACACAGAGAGAAAGCCUGCAAAUUUGCGAGAGAGUUUUAGGACGGGAUCAUGAUGAGACACUUGUCUGCCAGGAAGCUAUGUCAGAUAUUUUAUUACACCUUGGCAAAGAGGACGAAGCAGAGAAACUUCAGCUUGAGGUGCUCCAAAUACGGGAAAAAAAAUAUGGCCCAGACUAUACAGAGACGCUGAUAAGUCAGUACAACUUGGCCUCUUUAUACCAUCAGCAGGGACGAUACGAUGAAACGGAGGCACUUUGUCUCAAAAUCAUAGCGCAAAGCAAACGAAUACUUGGUGACAGGCACACAGAGACGCUUGAUUGUAUGGAGCGUUUGGCCGAACUAUACAGCAAGAGCGCCGUUGGCCGUUUCAACGAGGCUAUGGACAUAUUGUCAUUUGUAGUAGAAGCCCGAAAGGAGGUUCAGGGGCAUACACACGCGGAUACCUUGGACAGCAUGUCCAUGCUAGCAAGAGCCUAUGAAAGGGUGCAAAAAUACGAAGAGGCAUUGCAACUGGCUACUCACACUUAUGAAGAGAGCAAACUAAAGUACGGCAUUGAUCAUGAUGCAACUUUGAAAAGAAGCGGUCACUUAGCAAGUCUAUAUUCUUUGCUAGCAAGGCCGGACCUUGCUGAAGCUCUGCGGUUGUGGCAAUAUCGAUGCCUGUUGGAGAAGUAUGGCCCUGAUCACUAUGAAGUUGAAAGGGCCUGCCGACUACUCGCUCAUGACUACGCUGAGAUGAGAAGGUUUGAGGAGUCGGAAAACCUGUUGACGGACAAAUUAAACCGCCACAAAGCAACCAAAGGACUGAACCACCGAAAGACAAUUGUUUCAAUGCAGGAUUUGGCAGAACUGUGGGCAAAGCAAGGGCGCUAUGAGGCAGCCUUCGCCUUGGGUCAGGAUUGUCUACAACGAGCAAGAAAAGUUUUAGGGGUUGAUACACCCCAAACAAAAAGCAUCAGUGAUCACUUGACGGAGUGGAAGUACUGGCAAGAUCGUGGUAGACCGUAUAGGUGUGAUAUUUCGAUCAUGGAGUGGUACCGCGAGAUGGUUGCAGAGUCAAAUAUACCCACGGAAGGGCUGGACAAACUGACAUUGGCGAUAUUGAAUUUGAUCAAAUUGGGAGUAAUCUGA